AUGGCUAAUCUGGCAGAUACUGAAAUUGAAUCAACCAUUGAAUCAAGUGUAACAUCUGAGGACGACGAAGGACUGGAUCCCCGAGUUCAAUUUGAAUUAGAACGAUUAAAUCAUGCAAAUGAAGCAAUCAAUCAUUUAGAAUUACAAUUUGAUGAAGCUCGAAAACAUCUUAAAGAAUUUUGGAGUACAGCUGAAGAAGAAUUAUUUCAAUUAGAAAAAAGUAUUGGUUCAGCUGUAAAUAAAGCACGAAGUUAUUAUGAUGCUCGAAUUCAACUACGACAUAAAAAAGAAAUCUUAACUAAAGCAAAACAUCGAUUUGAACGUGCACAAGCUUUAUAUGUUGCUGCCAAAGAAUUAGCUGUAGCUUCGGCUGAUUAUAUUGAUGAAGCCGAAAAAGCAAAUCAAAAUCCAGAAAAAUGGAGCGAAACCUAUGGUCAUGCUCUUUCAAAAGCAUCUGCUGCUGAAGAAGAAAAAUACGAAGCUGAUUUAGAUCAACAAAAAGCUGAACAAGCUUAUUUUGAAGUAGAAAAAUUAGUUGAGAGACUACAAAAAACUUAUCGACGAGCGAUUAAUAAAUCACAACCUUAUUAUGAAAAAAAAGCUGAAUAUCAUAAAGAAUUAGAUUUUCAAAAACGUAAAGUUGACGGACUUGAAAAUUGUGUUAACGAAGCUAAAUCACAAUAUCAAGAAUCAUUGCGUAAUCUCGAAAAAAUUAGUAACGAAAUUCAUGCACAACGAAAUCACGGAAAGUUACCAUGUGAACCUGGCGACCGGACAGACGGUGUCACUGAAGAACAAAUAACUUACACAGAAUUCGAUAAAUUGCCACCAUCACCGACUACAACAAGUCCAUCAACAUCCCCUAAAAUUUACCCAGUAAAACGAUUAAAUCAUCCAGAACAAUUACUUCGUUCAUGUUUACUUCGUACGGAAAAAUUACCAGCUGGAAUAUUUGCUAAUACAAGUGGUCGAAGUUCACCGGAAGGUGUUGAAACAACUGCAAAAAAAUUUAAUGAUCAAUUUAUUCUUUCUUCACAACAAACACCACCACAAAUUGUUAUUAUUAAUUCCGAUACAGAAUUAAAGAAAACUUCACAUUAUACUCAUCAAAGAAAACCGAGUGAUGGUUAUUCAUCACAAAUAACUGAUGAUGAAGAUGAUCGAACAGGUUCUCUUCAUGUUCUAACUGAUGAACAACUUGAACAUUUAGCUUCUGUUUAUCAUCCUCUUCCACCACCACCUGAGGCAGGUAUGGCUAAAACAAUAUCUACACGAAUGUCCGAAUCUCUAUUAUAUUCAUUAAGCAAUCCUCUUUCUAAACUUGUUCUACGUUAA